GUUCAGGUGGCCGCCGCCAUGGUUGCUGUGAAUAGCCCAUGGCUCACCCUGCUCGUCCUGCCAGCGAUGAUGAGAGGCUUCACUGAAGCGACAGCGCCUGCACUUGUGUCUCGAACAAGCGCAGCUGUGCCAUCUGCACAUUUCUCGUCCUCUCCUAUGAAGAACUUUGCAACCUCAAUGCAUCUCAGGGGAGGAGGGGAGCGGUACAGCCUCGGGCUGCGCGACUCAAUAAUGAUCGCGCAUUCAUUCACUGGGAAGGAAUUCGGUCCCGCACAGAACAUGCAUGGGGCGACGUAUACUGUGGACGUGGAAUUUCAUGUGGAGAGCCUUGCUCCACGGUUGAAUUGGGUUUUGGACAUUGGGGAGGGAAUGACGAUGUUAAAGAAAGUUCUUGGGGAAUACAACUUCAAAAAUCUCAACGAGCUCUUUCCCGGAGAAAACACUACAACAGAAUUCAUGUGCAAGAAAAUAUUUGAGGGUCUUUGCGUGGAGUUGAAGGGCAAGUUCAAGGGGUCCAUAACCGUGAAGUUGUGGGAGAGUCACAGUGCAUGGGCUUCUUACACCAACGACAUUGGUGCUGAUGGCUGUUAACAAUCACAUUUCCCUUCUGCCACUCUCUAUUUCCUGUUGACCUAGAAACCAAUAUUGUCAACCUGCAAUAAACAAUCACAA